GGCGGCAGGUCACAGAGCUUUCUCAGACGCACAGCGCAGCCAUGGGCCUCACCAUCUCCUCGCUCUUCUCUCGGCUCUUCGGCAAGAAACAGAUGCGGAUUCUCAUGGUUGGUUUGGAUGCUGCCGGCAAGACGACCAUUCUCUACAAAUUAAAGUUAGGCGAAAUUGUAACAACCAUUCCCACCAUUGGUUUUAAUGUGGAAACCGUUGAAUACAAAAAUAUCUGCUUUACUGUGUGGGACGUGGGUGGCCAAGAUAAAAUCCGCCCCCUGUGGAGACAUUAUUUCCAGAAUACACAGGGCCUCAUAUUUGUAGUAGAUAGCAAUGACAGAGAGAGAAUUCAGGAAGCUGCAGAGGAAUUACAGAAAAUGCUUCAAGAAGAUGAGCUUCGGGACGCAGUGCUCCUUGUGUUCGCCAACAAACAAGAUCUGCCCAAUGCAAUGGCCAUCAGUGAGAUGACAGACAAGCUGACACUUCAGACUCUCCGCAACAGGACUUGGUACGUACAAGCAACCUGCGCUACUCAGGGCACGGGCCUGUAUGAAGGACUUGAUUGGCUUUCCAACGAACUCUCCAAACGCUAAAUGGACAGUCUCCAGCUAAGGACACAAUGGAUACAAUCGCUGUAGGCUUGUAACAUCCAAUCUAGUUUUUUGCAUCUCGGUUAUUAAACGUUUAAAAGAAACUGGGACGGGAGACACACACUCUAAUGUUUCAACAUUUGUUGUCGGUUAUUUGCAGAAUUUUCUUGCCCAGUUGCCUCCAGGGCAAUGUGGCUCGGCAUAAAAUAACCGAUAAAAAAUAAAUCCCUCCCCUUGUGUGAAAGUGUAUUCUGGUUUUACUUUCCCCUAUUCCCAAAGCCUAUACGCCUGGGCUUCAUUAUUGUGACGCUCUAGAACUCGACCCUGAGUUUUGAAUACGCAUGCCCUUUUCUUUUGUGCUCCGCUCCAUGGCGCCCCCUGCUGAAACCAUUUGCUUUAUUCAUUUUAAAUGUCCCAGUCAUUCCAUAGUGAUAAACUGUAGCAUUCCAUAAAUAUUUAUUUUUCACCAUAUGCCAAAAAAAGUGAUUUUUAGCCAUUUUCACGGCAGCAAAUGAAUUGGAACACUAGAAGUUAUAUAGUUAUUGCCCCAUAUCCUUUGUUUUAGCCAUGUCCUGAGACUGAGCCCAGCCCGGGGCAAUUCCUUGGCCAGUCGAGGGUCUCUGAGGUUCAACGAGCCGACUAAACUCCAGCAAAGGGUCACAUGAUCCUGUUACUCAGCAGAUUUUUGUUCUUUAGAAUCAUUGCAUGUCGCUUUGCCCUUGUGUUUUGCCCAUUGUAUCAUAGUCCCACUGAUGUUUUAUUGUUUAUUGCUGAGCAGAUCUUCAUGACGCAACUUUUUUUUUCCCACCCCUCAACCUGAACAAUGGAAGUUUUCUUCAUAACCCACUAGGAAUUAUUCCUAAUAAAAUUA